CGCAAUCUCCAGGCGGGAGCUGUGAAGGUCUGACUUUAUUACGACUGGAUAUGCUUUAUAAACUCACUGAUGAUUUUGUAAAGAUCUGCUCUUCUUUGAAUCCCCAAAAACACAAUCUGUGACAGAAGAAAACGAGGAAAGAAGUGAAGGCAGUCAUGAAGGUCCAGAAGAGGUGGAUCUGCUUUGUGUUCUUUCUACUCCACAUGACACACGUCGCCUGGACACAGCGGUUUGACAUCAUUGGACCUUCUACUGACAUUUUUGCUCUUCUUGGUGAAGAUGUCACCCUACUCGCCUCACUCUCACCACCACUCAGUGCUCAGGGGUUUGAGGUGCGAUGGUUUCGAAAUGACUUCUACUCUCCAGUACUUUUGUACCAUAAUCUUCAAAUUAGACCCGAGAGUCAGUUGCAGGCCUAUAAGGGAAGGACUUCACUUUUCCCAGAAGAGCUCGUGAGUGGAAACGUGUCUCUGAGACUCCAGGAUGUCCGUGUGUCUGACGGUGGUCUCUACACAUGUUUAGUGGCCUCUCGACUAUGGCAAGAUGAGGCUCGCAUCGCGUUGAAUGUUGAAGUCGUGGGCACUCGGCCUUCCAUUUCCAUCAGCACUGCAGAGGACCAGCAGACCAGACUGGAGUGCAGCUCUGAGAUGUGGAGUUCUCGACCUGAAGUCACUUGGAGAGACAUGAACGGAUUGGACAUGACAUCAGCAUCCAAACUGACUUUUCAACGGGGCGAUGAGGGUCUCCUCAGAGUGAGGAGCGUCAUCCUUAUUAAAUGGGAGCUCAACGUGUUCUCCUGUCUGAUGAGAAGUAACACAACCAGACCGGCCUAUCAGUCCAAACUGGGGGUCUACGUUUUCUCUCCAAACAUCUCUGGCUGGUCGGUGGUUUUCUGGUUAUCGAUGGCUCUUUGUGUCAUAGCGACUGUGCUGCUCAUAUUGAAAUGGCGAAGAAUGAGAGAUAAAAAAGCAACAUACAAGACCAAAGUUGACAUUCUCCCUGUCUGGAACUUGCGCAAGGAAAUUGCUUUGACUCUGAAGUUUUCUAAAGUUAUUAAUGGAUUCUCACAUGAAGAUCUCCUCAAGAUCACGGAGUACUACAUGCCUCAGCUGGCCUAUGUAAUGAACUUCAACAUCAGCAGCGUCCUGCAGCUCCUGGUCACCAAGCGCAUCCUCACCAAUGAUGAGGCAAAGAGAGUCAAAGUCAAAGAAGACUCUGAGGGGACACCAGGUGUGGAGUUCUUCAUUGGUGAGGUGAUGAAGAAGGACAAAGCAGUGCUGGUCAGCCUGUGGGAGGCACUGGCUGAAGAAUUUGCAAGAUGUCCAUCACCAAAUGUGAAAGGAAUCCUGGAUGAGGUGACCGAGUGGGGACUGGACCUCUUGAAGGAGAUCCAGGCCAGCGCCCAGUCACCUCCCCUUGAGCCUCAUAUUAAAGACCUCCAUGAGACACACAGACUCACCGUGUCUGAAUCCACAAGACCCCUGGAUGAUCAGCGCCCAUCUGGAGAUCCACACAAGGGAGCAGUGGGCCUUGAGACUCAAUACACAGAGCUGAUGGUCAUCAAACAGGACAUUAAAGAUGAACUGGCAAAGGAUGGGAAGACUCAGGAAAGACUUGAGGAAGAGGGAACAACAAUGAACUGUGAGCGAGUCUGGACUGAGCAUCUGUUUAAGAGAAGACCUAAAAGUAAAACACCCUUCAAAAUCAUAGUGGUCAGUGGGGUGGCAGGCAUCGGGAAGACCUUCUUGGUCCAGAAGAUCAUGUCUGACUGGGCCAGAGGCACUCAGUACCAGAGGUUUGCGUUUGUGUUUCUGUUUAACUUCAGGGAGCUCAACCUCCUGAACAACGAGCCACAGAUGUCUCUGACCGCACUGAUUGAAAGGCACUAUAAACAUCUCACUCAUGACAAACUAAUAGAAAUCCUGCAGAAACCUGAAUCUCUGCUCUUUAUACUUGAUGGGCUGGAGGAAUACAAACACAAACUGGACUUCAAAGACAGUCAUCUCUGCUCAAGGCCAGAUGAUGAGGUGCCUGUCCACAUCCUGGUCACCAGUCUGGUCAGUCAGACAUUACUGAAGGGCUGCUCAGUCCUGAUAACAAGCAGACCAACAGCUCUGGAGUCCCUGGACAUGGAGAGAGUUGAUGGAUUUGUAGAAAUUGUAGGAUUCUUCCCUGAACAAAGACUGAUGUACUUUAAGAAGUUCUUUGGUGAUGCUGAUGUGGGCACCAAGGCUCUUCAGUGCAUGGAGGGUAACAUCAUCUUGUACUCCAUGUGCGUCAGCCCCUCGUACUGCUGGAUUAUCUGCUCUGCACUGAAGAGCCACUUCAUGACACCUGAAGAAGAGCGAGGAGCUGCCCCCAGAACUGUCACUGAGAUCUUUGUGAUGUUCCUUCACAACAUUCUGACCAAUCACAGACAAGAAGAUGAGGACCAAAGAAGGAUUCUGAUCAGUCUGGGAAAGAUGGCUUAUUAUGGGGUGGACAACAGGACUCAUGUGUUCAAUAAGAAACAGGAGAUGUCCACCUUUGGUCUGCAGCCAGUCCAGUCCUCUUCGUUCCUCUCUGGCUUUCUGCACAGACAAAGCACUCUGGAGCACACGACGUACACCUUCUACCAGUUCACCCUGCAGGAGUUCAUGGCCGCCUGCUCCUUCCACCUCGAUCCAUCAGGGGGUGUCGAGGAGCUGCUGAAGAAGCGAGACUCGUGUAAAGGGGGCCGAUUUGAGAUUGUCACUCGAUUCCUGGCAGGUCUGGCUUGGUGUCCUGUGCUUAAAAUGGUGGAGGGAAUUCUGGGGGAGUUUGAGGGGACGACCACACAGCGGAUACAGGAGUGGGUGAAGCAGAAAGCUAAACAGGCGCUACGAGGGGGAGAUCAAAGUGAAGCUCUGCGAGUUUGUCACUGGCUCUAUGAGACUCAGAAUGAGGAGGUGAUCAGAGACACCACUGGGAAGGACUUAGAGAUGAACUUUAGAAGUAUGACUUUAUCUCCUCCGGACUGUGCUGUGCUGGCCUCUGUCAUCAGCUGCUGUGGAGAACUUAAGGAACUUGGCCUAUCAGGCACACCUGUGACCCCCAAGUGCAUCAGGAGACUCACAAAGGGGCUUAGCUGCUGCAGUGAAGUCAGGUUGGACUCUUGCGUUCUCACCUCGGCCUGCUGCUCAGCUCUCUCCUCGGUCCUCUCAUCUCCAAACUCACGGCUGACAUAUCUGAACCUGGACAACAACAACCUGGGAGAUUCAGGGGCUCGUCAGCUGAGUGAGGGGCUCAGGAGUAACAACUGUAAAUUAGAGAAACUGCUGUUGAACUCUUGUGGUCUCACCUUGGCCUGCUGCUCAGCUCUCUCCUCGGUCCUCUCGUCUCCAAACUCACAGCUGACUGCACUGGACGUCGACGACAACAACCUGGGAGAUUCAGGGGCUCAUCAGCUGAGUGAGGGGCUCAGGAGUGACAACUGUAAAUUAGAGACACUGGGGUUGGACUCGUGUGGUCUCACCUCGGCCUGCUGCUCAGCUCUCUCCUCAGUCCUCUCGUCUCCAAACUCACAGCUGACAUAUCUGAACCUGGACAACAACAACCUGGGAGAUUUAGGGGCUCAUCAGCUGAGUGGGGGGCUCAGGAGUGACAACUGUAAAUUAGAGACACUGGGGUUGGACUCUUGUGGUCUCACCUCAGCCUGCUGCUCAGCUCUCUCCUCAGUCCUCUCGUCUCCAAACUCACAGCUGACAUAUCUGAACCUGACCAACAACAACCUGGGAGAUUCAGGGGCUCGUCAGCUGAGUGAGGGGCUCAGGAGUGACAACUGUAAAUUAGAGACAGUGGAGUUGUCUGAAUGUGGUCUCACCUCAGCCUGCUGCUCAGCUCUCUCCUCGGUCCUCUCGUCUCCAAACUCACGGCUGACUGAACUGUACCUGAACGACAACAACCUGGGAGAUUCAGGGGCUCGUCAGCUGAGUGAGGGGCUCAGGAGUGACAACUGUAAAUUAGAGAAACUGUGGUUGGACUCUUGUGGUCUCACCUCGGCCUGCUGCUCAGCUCUCUCCUCGGUCCUCUCGUCUCCAAACUCACAGCUGACUGAACUGUGGCUGAGCUACAACAACAAGCUGAGAGAUUCAGGGGCUCGUCAGCUGAGUGAGGGGCUCAGGAGUGACAACUGUAAAUUAGAGACACUGAAGCUGUUUGGUAACGGGAUCAGUGAGAGUGAGGAGAUGAACCUGUGGUCACUACAGGAGGAGCUGAGGAUGUCUGGACGUCAGCUGACUAUCUACACAUGGCAAGACCAGCAGUGGUGAUCAGACAGACCCCUUGUCAGUGACGGAGUCCCCCGUCCACUCACUCCUAAAUUCUCCUCUUUCUUGUGUUUUCUUCUCCUCUCAGCUCUGCUCCUCAUUUAAUAAACUCUCCGUGUCCCCUCAGCCUGUGUGCUCCUCCUUUAACGUCACUUUUAUUUUUAAUACCUUGAGACCCUCAACUGGUGACAAAACUCAAGCAGACUCGGACCUGCAGACCCCUGCGUUUCACCACUAGAGGCAGUAAAGCAGUGGGGGGCAUCCUGUAAAAAGCCCCCCAAGUCGCCUGUCCCACCAAGGAGCAAUGAGAGGUGGACAGUCCAGCUGUGUGGUGACAGGGGGCCUGAGGCUGUAGUGACACUGGGGACGAGGCUGUGACAAACCCUGGACAGGAAGCUGGUCCAUCACAGGACGCCAUCAGCGUUCGUCUCCAUUGUCACUAGGUGUCAUUUGAACCUGUGUCUGCUCCGUGUCCCCCAAGUCCUGUCUGCCACCUGCUGAUUGUCCUUUGGUGACACUUUAACUCCCACGAGGCUCCGUUUUGAUUUUGAUUUUCUUUUUUAUUCCAUCGUCUCCACUUCACCGUCCCCUUCAGUCAUGUCCUCGUAGUGAGCAGCGGCCUGAACAAGUGAGCCGUUAAAAAGAAAUAAAAGAAAAGAUGAGGAGAACAUGGAGGAGUGUGGAGAUGGGAUGGACUGGCACCGUCCAGGGUGGGGUCCUGACUUGAUGUGGUCAGACAGCCACUGAGGGACCACCACCUGAACUGGACUGAGGGGGCUUAGAAAAUGGAUGGACAAAGAGAGGGGAAUAAACUGAACUGGGAAUUAAGAAAGAAAAUAAAAUAAGAGU